CCACUGAUGUCUUUAAAACCCAUCUGAAGACUCAUCUCUUUUCUCUAGCCUCUUAAUUGUCAUCAUGAAGACACGCCUGACCACACUCUGGCUUUUAUUCGUUUAUAUUUUCUCCGUUGUUUGUACAAUGCUGUUUGUGUUCUGAUUUUAUCCAGAUAUUCUACGCUUUUAUUAAUUUACUUAUAUCCUCUUAUAUGUUCUUGCAGGUCACUGAGGAUGUGGAAGUGCCCCUGUCCUGCCGCAGCAGCAGCAGCAGCAGCAGCAGCAGCAGCAGCAGCAGCAGUCACAUGAGACGGGGCUGGUGUUGUGUCACGUGAGGUGCCGCUUCUGAAACAUGGCUCCGACUUAGCACAAGGGACACUGCCGUCGUGACUUGACUGUCGUCUGCCCGCCGACGCGCACCUGUAAACACCGGGAGACGGAGCGAGCGCACGCCGCCCCGCAGCAUGUCCCCGUUUCGUCAAGUUAAUGUGGUGCGAGUUCACGAUGCGUGAAACCGGCGGUGCAUCCUCGGCUCAACGCAAGCUAGCUGUCAACUGUUACAAGUGGUGAGAGGCGAGCUAAACAUUAAACAACGGACGAGGGGAUUAGGUCUGCCCUUGAUGACUUUGAUUUCUUCCUGCAUGGAUGUCUGAAAAUCAUCCCCGGUGGGAGACAGUGAGGUGACCACAGCUAAUCAGUGUGCAACUCUGGAAGCAUUGGAGACUCACCAUGGAUUGGCUGAUGCAUGCAGUCGAGAAAGACUUGGGGAUUGACCGACGGCAGCAAGGCCUGGGCCCCCGUCCCCGGGAGCUCAUAGCCCUUGUUCCUGCGCGCUGGGUGACGGGCCUGAGGGAAAGGAAGGUCAUGCGCUGUGCCCGCUUUGACAGCACCAGUGAGCCUGAAAUUCGCACGUACCUUCAGUGUUCUCAGGCAAAGUUGCCUCCUGGGUGGACACGAGUGUGCAUUCAGGGUCUGAGGAAAAGCAAGCUGAGCUACAGAUUGGCCAGAGACCCAUGCGAUCAACAAAUGGAAUUCAUGUCACAGGAUUCUUAUGUCAAAACCAUGCAGUGUGUGUCGCAGCAUAAUGUCAGGAAUCUAUGGCGUGAAGUUCAUUACAAACUUGUGCAGCCAUAUGCAGGAGCCAAUGAGCAAAUGCAUAUUGCAGCUGUAGAUGCAGUGCGUCAUGCGCUACAGAAGCUCUUCAAUUCCACAUUCAUCUCAUCUGACAGAGUGUCACCAUCCCUUUCUCCAGCCAGAGAGAAGGAGAAAGAAAGCUACUUGCCAUCCAGUUCAUCUUGCUUUUCCAAGUCCCAGCCAGACCACCUAUGUCCAAAUGUUCUGCCUGCAGAGUGUCUGCUGGAGACGGUAGAAAUGCUGUAUGUGAUUCUACCAUAUACUCAGUAUUCACUCCAAGAUAUUGUCUCCUUCAGCCCAGCCAAGCUCGCCAACAGCCAUGCCAAAGUGUUGUUCAUUCUCUACCAGUUACUAAUAGCUCUGCAGGCAUGUCAUGCAGCAGGUCUGUCUUGUGGCGAGCUCUCUCUGCAGGACAUAGCAGUAGAUGAGCAGCUCUGCAGCCGUCUCAAGCUCAACCUAGCCCAUUAUGAGGAACUGGGGACGGAACAGGAUGCAAACAGUGAUGUUACUGGCAGACAUGUGCCAAAAAGUGUCCCGCCAAGGGACAAUGUAUGUGUGAGCCAAGAGAAUAAAAGACUUUGCAAAGACUGCUUUGAUGAGCUCAAGACAUUGGUUCUGGACUGGGUUCAUGGACGAGUCAGUAACUUCCGCUACUUGAUGGAACUGAACAGGUUAGCAGGACGGCGAGAAGGAGACCCUAAUUAUCACCCAGUGCUGCCAUGGGUGGUGGAUUUCACUGUGCCAUUUGGAAAAUUCCGGGACCUCAGGAGGUCAAAGUUCAGGCUCAAUAAGGGGGACAAACAGCUGGACUUUACAUAUGAGAUGACCAAAGAGGCUCUGGCAGCUGCAGUGGGUAACGGGGUUGGUGGGGGUGGUGUAGGUGGAGACCUCACUGGCUCUGUAGGUGCUGGCAGUGCUGGACAGUCUGACCACCUCCAUGUACCUCAUCAUAUAUCUGAUGUGCUCUCAGACAUUACGUACUAUGUCUACAAAGCCAGGCAGACACCCAAGUCAGUGUUAUGCAGUCAUGUUAGAUCCCAGUGGGAGCCUAAUGAAUACCCAGCCAGUAUGGAGCGCAUGCAGACCUGGACCCCUGAUGAGUGCAUUCCAGAGUUCUACACAGAUCCCUCCAUUUUCCGCUCUAUCCACCCUGACAUGCCAGACCUGGAUGUGCCUUCCUGGUGCAAGUCUUGUGAGGAGUUUAUUGAGGUCCACCGGCGCCUUCUAGAGAGCAGAGAGGUGUCCCAGCAUUUGCAUCACUGGAUAGACCUCACAUUUGGCUAUAAAUUGUCUGGUAAAGAAGCUGUCAAAGCCAAGAAUGUGUGCCUGCACCUAGUGGACAACCACACCAAUCUGACUACCUAUGGUGUAGUUCAGCUGUUUGACCAACCCCACCCACCCCGCUUAUCUCCUUCCCAGUAUGCCCCAGCAGAACCUCCUCUCCUUGGCCUUGCUGCUCUUAAUGUGCCUUCUCUACACAUCCCUCAAAUCGACACCAAUGCUGACACUGUGGAUGGAAUGGUGCCAGAGUCCACAGGGUGUGAGUCCAGUGGCUGGACCAUGGUAGACAGAGAUGAAGAGCUUGAACAAGGUACAGAAGCUCUGGACUCAUUAGCAUCUUGCUCAUCCAGUUCUGAAUCCUGCUCUGUGCCAUUGCCAAGUGUCAGUACGACAGGAGGAAAAAUGGGAGGAGAGCACACAGCACUCAUUGUAUCUCAGUCCCCGAGUUCAUUCCCCGGUGAUUUUACAAGUGGCUUAGGCCCUGGUUUACGCAGUGCCAUGUUACAAAGAGGUGGACCAGUGAACAAAAAACAUGGGGAAGGAAUUGUAACCGCCACCAGUGCAGAAGAAAUCAAGAUCAUCCUCCCUGAAGGGUUCAACCCAUUACAGCCUUUGGAAGAGCUGGAGAAGUUGAACAAUUUCCUGGUGAAGAGUCUGCACGCUGAAGUAUGCCAUCCUGCAGGAUCUAGUGACUGCACGAGAAACGGUGUGAUAAUUGAAUCUCUACCCACUCUUACACAGCUGUACCAAAGAGACAUGCAAGCCCUUGGUGUUCUAAUCGCUGAAAUAUUCUUCUCCUUUAAACUGAGAGGACUGAAACCAGGAACCCCCCUCAGACAGCGUUUCCAAGCUGUUAUGAAGCUUUGCUCUGCCAGCCUCCGUGACGUGCCACUGUCUUUACACCAUGCUCUUGAGACACUGCUGCUAAUAGAGAAACACUCUGGAAUAGCACAUAGAGAAGUACCAGAUUGCCCACGUCCACUCCUCUUCAAAUAUGACCCCAUCUGCGAUGGUCUCCCUCCUCCAAACCCCUGCCAGUUACUGAACUCAAUCAUUACCCCCUUUCCUUUCCCUUCCUAUUUUGCAGUACUUCAUGGUUUUAUCUUUUCCUACCACACUAAGAUGGAGACUACAUGUAGCCUUCAAGGAAGAGAUGUUGUCUUUUACCUGUGGCAGCAGCUUGAGACGCUCUUGCGUGGUAACAUCACAGGUGAGGGUCUUGAGAUUCUUUUGCCCUUCAUUCUAGCCCUCAUGCUUGAGGAGUCCACUGCUGUGUAUGCUGCUUGGUACCUUUUUGAGCCCAUCUCUAGAGUACUGGGUCCCAGAAAUGCAAACAAGUACUUACUGAAACCACUGAUCAACGUUUAUGAAAACCCUCACUGCCUGCGAGGACGCUUCUAUCUCUACACUGACUGUUUCAUUUUGCAGCUGAUUAUGAGGCUCGGCCUGCAGGCCUUUCUGUCCAGUCUACUCCCCCAUGUGCUGCAGGUCAUCACUGGCUUUGAAAGCUGUAUCUCAGGCUCUGGCGGAGAAGCAUGUAAAGGGCUGAGGGCUGGCACAUGCAAUCUAGGAGAGGAAGAGGAAGAGGACUUUCAGUGUGGUGAGGUGCGGUCAUCGUCUGGGUCUGUUAGCGGAAAUAUUGGUGGUAGCAGUGGUGCAAGUGGAGGAGUUGGGGUGGUGGGAGACACAGGGCUGGUCGACUACUCCUCUGGCAUCAGUCUCAACGACCAAGUGUUUCUCUCAGAGGCAGAGGACUUUCAGAAUGGGUUCUAUGUCAACAGUGGAGCAGGUGUGGCUGCUGGGAAACAGCAGGGCCAGAACUCUGCAUCCAAGGAUCAAGACCAAGAGUCUCUAAGUGUGGGGAAACUAAGUGACAAAAGCAGCACAAGUGAACUCUCCCUGGGUGAUGGAGACUCAAUGCGGGAUCGAGCCAGUCUCAGAUCGGCUGACAGCAGCCAGGACCUUAAACACGCGAGUGAGGGAGAAGAGGGAGGAGAGCUGGAGGAAGAAGAAGUGACUGAGACUAAUGAGGGGACAGAUGACCCUACUGUACCCAACCUGGAGCUCACUCUCUCUGGUUGCACAGAAGAUUCAGUGGCCACAGUUGCCACCCUGGAGGGUGAGUUUGUGAAUGGAAUGGCACUGGAAGAGACUGAGAAGGGCAUUGUGGGAGAGCAGGAGGAUGAAGACGACCAUGAUCCAUCAGAAGACUCUGAGGAGAAAGAGCAAAAGAUUCUUCUAGAUACAGUCUGCAAAACAGUUCGAUGGCUGUCAGCGAAACUUGGACCAACAGUGACGUCUCGAUACGUAGCCAGAAAUUUGCUGCGAGUGCUCACAAAUUGUUACAUUGGGACUGAGAAGCACCAGUUUGUGGCCACUGCAUCUGAGGAAAACAGUCUGGACAGCGUGGGAAUGGGCAACGUGUAUGAGAAGAAACCCGUGGUCGGCGAUCAGACAGCAGGACCCGUGUUGGACUGUCUCAUCUACAUAGCUCAACUUUAUGGAGAGCCUGUACUCACUUACCAGUACCUCCCUUAUAUAGGAUAUCUGGUGUCUCCACCUUCUUCGCAACGUCUUAACACACGUAAGGAGGCAAGUCUGCUUGGAGCUGUUGCACUUACACAGAAGAUCAUUGUCUUUCUCUCUGAUACCACUCUAAUGGACAUGCUUAUGAAGAUCAAUCAGGAUGUGCUUCUGCCACUACUGGACCUGCUCACCACCCCCAGUAUGGGGUUUCCCAGCGGGGUGCAGACACGCACUGCCGUCUGUCUCAAGACACUCAGCCUGAUGGCUCUCAUCUGUCUGCGCAUCGGUAGGGAGAUGGUGCAACAGCAUAUGGCUGACACUCUGCGCCGGUUCUUUGCUGUUUUCUCUCUGCUGCAAUCUCUGCAUCCCCAGCUCGACAGCGCCCCUCGCAGAGUUGUGGGAGAGGUCACAGUGGUGGAUUUCUGUACAGCCGAAGAGACAAAUGUGACAUAUGAGUUGGGGGUCUUGGAGGAGCUGCAAACUGUAUUUAACCCUGAGAUGGCACACGCCUCCUACAUCCCCUUCUACUGUCUCAUAGGUGAUAUGGCAAUUCGUAAGCUGGUUCCCAACCACGAGCUGGUCUGGCAAUUGGCCCAGUCCUACCAUCAGAGUGUGAGCCAGUGGAGUCCAGAGACGAACCUAACAGCAGCGUCCAGGGCAGAGCUGCCUCCAUUCUCAAUGGGUCUCUCUUCUGGUUUCGGCAGACGUGUGGGUUGCAGCCCCUUUCCUGCACCCUCAAGUAGCUCCACCCCGCUAGGGGACUCCCUCCCUGAGUCAGGCACCUUUGGGAGCCACCUGGUAGGAAACCGUAUCCAAGUGUCCCGAGACAAUGAUUAUAGUGGUAGCCCGAACCUUGGCUUGGCCAGCUCUUGGGGACGCUCCAGCCAUACCACUUCCAUUAUCACCACUGCCUCCACCUUCACCACUCCAUCUGUUGGCACAUUGGCUUCCUUUUCCUCAUCCUGGGUGAAAGGCCCCACCCUGGAGGACAGUGCCCUAAAGCAAGAGCUCCCUCGCAGUGGCCGCUCCCUGCAGGGGAACUGGCUGGCCUACUGGCAGUACGAGAUAGGUCUCAACCAACAGGAUCCACAUUUCCACUUCCACCAGAUCCGGCUGCAGAGCUUCCUAGGUCACUCAGGCACCACAAAGUGUUUGGCACCGCUCGCAGGAGAGGAUUACUUCCUUUCCGGUAGUAAAGACAAGACCGUUAAGCUUUGGCCUCUUUAUAACCAUGGUGAUGGGACACAGGAGGUGGAGCCUAGGCUGACGUAUAACGACCAUCGAAAGUCAGUCUUCUAUGUAGGACAGCUUGAGGCUUCGCAGGAAGUAAUCAGCUGUGAUGGUACUGUGCACCUAUGGGACCAGUAUACAGGCAAGCAGAUCCGCUCAUAUGAAGCUGUGGAUGGAAAGAAUCCCAUUACAGCUGUCACUACCAUGCCAGCUCCAAACUGCAGUGUUGUGUUUGGCAGUGCAGAUUCUGUUCUCCGCUUCAUUGAUCCUCGCAAACCAGGAUUGCAGCAUGAAUUUCGUCUGGCAUACAACAAUUUGAGUGCUGGCCUUAUCCGCUACCUGGCAGUGAGCCCUUCAGGGCGCACAGUGGCUGCAGGUUUCUCAUCUGGCUUCAUUGUUCUGCUAGACGCACGCACAGGGCUUAUUCUGAAGGGCUGGCCGGCUCAUGAGGGAGAUAUCCUUCAAAUGAAGGCUGCAGAGGGAAACUUGGUCAUCAGCUCCUCCACUGACUACACGCUCACAGUGUGGAAAGAUCUGGAAAACAAGCCUAUACGCCAGUACAAGUCGCAGUCCGACCCCAUCCACGCCUUUGACCUUUAUGGUUCGGAGAUUGUAACCGGAACAGUAGCUAACAAGAUCGGGGUGUACUCCAUGGCAGAUAUAUCCCUUAGCCCCGUUAGUAGCACAAAGCUGAGCUCUGAGAACUUUCGUGGUACUCUGACCAGCCUGGCAGUCCUGCCCACCAAGAGGCUUCUGCUGCUGGGCUCUGAGAAUGGUGCCAUUCGGUUAUUAGCUUAAAUCAGUGGUUCCCAGCUACACUGAACACUCUUACCGCUGACCUUCAAAGUGUCUUAUUUGUGAAGACACCAGAUGUCUGAGCUAAUGUCCCUUCUCCUGUGCUUGAGGUCGAUUGUGCUGGUAGGGCUGGUUGUCAGUUCUUUGAACAAGGCAGCACAAGUAGAGGCAUUGUAUAAUCUUCAUGUCUACUGAAUUUUGCCGCUCUGGCUAUUGGCACUGAAUUUGAUGGACAGGAAAUGUGUGCCAUGCUAUUGACAUUUAUCAUGUACAGUAAAUCCCAUGAUUUUUUAAAAGCCUAUAGAUGUAUAGAUAGUAUAUAAUCGGAAAUUCUUGAAGGUCAAUUAUGGUCAAAGAAUGAAUCAGAAGACAUGCUCAGGAAGGUGGAACCAAACCUGGUUCUAAUGUAGUGUUUACACUUUCCAAAUAGAUGCAUAACAACACCAAAAAUACAUUGACCUCACCUUUUAUUUCCCUUGACAUCAGAAUACGUGAUGCGUAUCUAAAUGCACUGAUUAAACUAUGCAGUAUUUGUGGAUCAAAUCAUUUGUUUGUGUUAGCAUUUUUCCAUAGUCAAUGAGAGUUUUUUUUUUUUUUUCAGAGUAGGAUGUUUAUACAUCAUUAACAAUAAAAUUACACUCACUGUUUCGACAACCGUCUUUGUACGUCGUCUCAGAGUGGAGACACUUCAGUUGUCGACACAUACAGAAGUCAGUUACCAAUGCACAGCCUUUAUUCUACUGCACAAGUAUGGCCUGAAUUGUAACAUUUAGAUUCUCACACAGAUUUUAAAGACUGAAUGUUUUUAUCCACUAAUAAAUUACUUGAAGUUGCUUUGGUAUUUUCUAAACCGUGUUUAGGGAUUCUUGAUUUAGCAGUUAGAACCUGUAGCAACAUUAUACUGGGAGUGUAUAUCGGCAGAUUCCACUUUCACUGGGUAUGCCAAGUAGUGAACUCAAACCUUUCUAAUUUCUGACCACGAAAGCUAACAUGGGAACAGUCAAUGCCAAGAUAAACAGUUUUGUAAUUUAACAUUGAUAUA